UUUUGAGAAAAAAAAACACAGAAAAACAACCAAAACAUCCGUCGUCUCCACACUUUCCAGACCGGUGGCAAGAACGCUCUGUUAAAAAUGGCCCCUCCAAAGCUGAAACUACACAAAAACACCGGCAAGCUUAAAUCGAUCCCGCGACCCAGUUCCAUCCCAACACCGGCAGCCCAAGCAGCCGCUGCACCUGCUACUUCCGGCACCGGAUCCGAUACAUCCGCACCAUCCGAGGCAGAUCUGCAGUUUGAGCUCGAGCUGUACUGGUGCAUCCAGCAGCUGGAAACGACCCUCAACCUACCGAACGUGCGUGAAAACAACAAAAAGCUCGAGGAAACUUCCAAGCUGAUCAACACACUGAAAAGCGGCACACAACCGAUCAUCCGCAAGCGGCAAAUUAUGCGCACCACGUUCGGUGACUAUCGGAGUAAAAUGGCCGCGGAGGAGCAAACGAUGUCCCUCAAUCCGGACAGUGUACGGUUCGAGAAGUCGAAGGAUGCACCCGCCAAGCACACGUUCGUGAAGAAAGCGACAGUUUUAUCUGGUGAUAAGGAUUUUAAGUUUAAUUUCACUGUUGACGGCAACGAACCGGAGCAUCAACCGGAACCAACACCUACUGGCGCUGCGGAUAAGAAGCAAGCUGAAGUGAAGAAAACUGUUCGAAAAACGAAUGUCGGCAUCAUCGUGCCGUCGGAUAAUCAGUUCCGGUUUAACUUUAAUGUGAGUAGUGAAUAGAUUGAUGUUACUUUAAUAAAAAAAAAGCAAUUUAACCGGACGAAAUGUGUUUCGGUCAACGUGUCACUAAU